AUGGCUCGGCCAAGAGACUCGCGCUCACCAAGUCCUGCAGGCAGCCAUUUCAACUCGCGCCGCCACCGCAAAGAUGACGACCGGCGGGAUGCCAGAGACCGCCGCGACGAUGGAAGGGACACUCGCCGACGCUCAAGGUCGCGCAGUCCGGAUGUGAGAUUUGACCGCCGCCGCUCCAGCUUCGGCAGCGACUCCUGUAGACCUGAACUUGAGUCUGACAAAAGCUUGAACAAACAACAGUAUCGAUACCGCGACCGCGACCGAGGCAGAGACAACAGAGAUCGUGGUGGCCGGGACCGCGACCGUGACCGCGAUCGCGACAACUUUCGCCGACGAGACCGCUCCUUAGAUCGCCGAGACGAUGAUUUCUACCGCGGCCCACGUGAUCGCCGAGGAGCGAGGUCUCGAGACAGACUCGCGCCCAGGGCUCGCUCGCCUGACCGCCGACGUGACCGCAGCAGGGACGACUUCAGAAGACGAGAUGAUUCUAGGAACAGAAGCCGACGUGAGGGCACGGCUGACUCUCAUCCUCGCAGCAGCCGCGCUGAUAGCCGAUCUCGCAAGACUCCAGUAGCUGAUAGUGGCAGGAAUGGAGUCGAUGAGGUACGUGUUCUAGCCCCGUGUGAGAGAACUAGAGCUCACGACAUAUCACAGGCACAGAAGGCCAAGCCGAACGCGGCGCAGUCCGAGGUCGACAAGAAGGCAGAGCGACUUGCCAAGCUUGAAGCAUGGAAGAAAAAGAAGGAGCUCGAGGGCCAGAAACAAAAAGAGGUGAAUGCCAGCCAAACUAGAAAUCUUUUGGCUGAGAUGGAUAAGAGGGCCAAAGAGGGGUCUACGGCUGUCUCAUCACCUGUUGUGUCGUCCGCGGCUUCGCCCGCCCCUGUUGACUCCGGCAGCGUAUCUCCAGCAAAGCCUUAUACUGGCAAGUUUGAUCCAAAAACGAUUGCAAAAAAGUCUGCUGUUCAAAGAUCGCACGAUACUGCUAAAGGGGCUUUGGGAUCUAUAGAUGUUCAGCCACCUACCAUUUCUAUGCCUGUUAAAAAGACAAUUACGGCGUCUGCUUUGCCUACAAAUCGCGCCAAGGCCAGCAGCUUUGGGUUUGGCAAGUCUCAUGCUGAAGGAGACAAGCUCCCUAGCAAACGAAAGCUAGACAUGGACGAGGAGGUCAUAACGAAACGACAGCUCACCAAGCUCCCCAGCCUUCCAAUAGAGACUGACGACACGCCCUAUGCUGACCAAGACGAGGAUGACGAAUCGGAUGGUGAUAACUUUGCCGAAAAUGAAGAAGAGGCUGCGGCUGCUGCACGUGCCGCUCAUGAAAGACGUCUCCAAGCCGAAAAUCAAGCUGAAAAUCAUACAGAAAACCAGGCUGAUGAGGAGAUGAAAGACGUCGAAACCCAAGUCGCGCAGGAAGCCAACGGCGAUCAUAUUACCAACGGAGAGGAAGCAGCAGACAAGGCCCCCCCUGCAGAAGAGUCCAUGGAAGUUGAUGAAGAGGAUGAAGAAGUCGAUCCUCUAGAUGCAUUCAUGGAUGAUCUUCAACAAAUAGAGACUGUUAACAACCCUUUGAAGAAGGCCCCCGCUAUCAAGAAGAAGCAGGAGCCUGAGGCUUAUUUCUCCGAUGAUGAUUAUGCUUUCAACAACGAAGGCGAUCCUGAAGCAGAUGCCGCGUUGCUGGCCAUCGCUAACAAGCGCAAGAAGAAGGACAUACCAAGCGUUGACUACUCAAAGAUAGAUCUCCAACCUAUCCGCAAAAACUUCUGGGUUGAGCCCGCAGAGUUGAGCAUGCUUUCUGAAGCAGAUGUCACAGACUUACGACUCGAACUGGAUGGAAUCAAGGUCAACGGCAAGGAUGUUCCCAAGCCUGUUCAGAAAUGGGCCCAAUGCGGUCUCACCCGCCAAACCCUUGAUGUCAUUGGUUCCCUCGGGUUUGAAAAGCCUACGCCGAUUCAGAUGCAAGCCUUGCCCGCGUUGAUGUCAGGUCGGGACGUCGUUGGUGUGGCCAAGACAGGAUCUGGCAAGACUAUGGCUUUCCUACUUCCCAUGUUCCGUCACAUCAAGGACCAGGAGCCGCUCAAGGACACAGAUGGGCCUAUCGGCCUGAUUAUGACGCCAACACGUGAGCUAGCCACACAGAUUCACAGGGAUUGCAAACCUUUCCUAAAGAUGAUGAACCUGCGUGCUGUUUGUGCGUAUGGUGGAGCUCCCAUCAGAGACCAGAUUGCCGAGCUCAAGCGCGGUGCUGAAAUUAUUGUCUGCACCCCUGGCCGCAUGAUUGAUCUAUUGGCCGCUAACCAGGGGAGAGUCACCAAUCUCAGGAGGGUUACCUACGUGGUUCUCGACGAAGCCGACCGAAUGUUUGACAUGGGUUUUGAACCACAGGUGAUGAAGAUUUUCGCCAACAUGCGACCUGACAGGCAAACGAUUCUAUUCUCAGCCACGAUGCCACGUCUCAUCGAUUCACUCACGAAAAAGGUGCUCAAGAGCCCUAUUGAGAUUACCGUCGGCGGCCGCAGCGUAGUCGCCAAGGAGAUUGAGCAAAUCGUGGAGAUCAGAGAAGAGAGUACAAAGUUUGUCCGUGUUCUGGAGCUACUUGGCGAGCUCUAUGAUAAAGAUGAAGAUGCGCGGUCGUUAAUCUUUGUCGAGCGGCAAGAGAAAGCGGAUGACCUUCUUAAAGAGCUAAUGCAGAAAGGCUAUCCUUGCAUGUCCAUUCACGGAGGCAAAGAUCAAGUGGAUCGCGACUCUACCAUUUCUGAUUUCAAGAAGGGCGUGGUACCCAUCCUGAUUGCCACGUCGGUCGCUGCCCGUGGCUUAGACGUCAAGCAGCUCAAGCUCGUCAUCAACUACGAUGCACCAAACCACCUGGAGGACUAUGUCCACCGAGCCGGGCGAACAGGCCGUGCAGGAAACACAGGGACUGCUGUCACCUUUGUCACGCCUGAGCAAGAGAACUGUGCUCCUGGUAUCGCCAAAGCUUUGGAACAGAGCGACCAGCCUGUCCCAGAACGCCUGAAUGAGAUGCGAAAGUCCCAUCGAGAAAAGGUCAAGUCGGGCAAGGCAAAGGACACGUCUGGAUUUGGCGGAAAGGGCCUAGACCGUUUGGAUCAAGAACGUGAAGCCGCUCGCCUUCGUGAGCGUAAAACGCAUAGAGCCGAGGGUGAGGAAGAAGAGGUUAAAGAGGAGGGCAAGAAGGAGGAAGAAGAUAAGAAGAUUGAGAAGACGCUUAGCGCCAUCAAGGCUGCGGCCUCCACUGUCCAGGCUCGCGAAACAGCACGGACUGACACAGGAGACAGCAAAGGAACCCAACCCGCUAUUGCCACAGGUGACAAGACCAAGGAUCCCUUGGACAAAGUUAGCUCGGCUGUUAGUGCUAUCAACAGCCGUCUUGGUAAGGCUGGCCAGCUUCGCUCUGGCCAACCCAUCGACAACAAGGGCCCAGAUGCCGGUGCUUUCCACGCCACGCUGGAAAUCAACGACUUCCCCCAGAAGGCCAGAUGGGCCGUCACCAACCGCACCAACGUGGCCAAGAUUUUGGAGGCGACUGGAACAUCCAUCACAACCAAGGGCAGCUUCUAUCCCCCCGGAAAGGAAGUGCCAGCUGGAGCAGAACCCAAGCUGUAUAUCCUCAUUGAAGGUGAUACGGAGCUUGUGGUGUCGGCUGCUUUGAACGAAAUGACGAGGCUUCUGAGAGAGGGUACCAUUGCUGCGGCGGAUGCAGACAGCAGGGCUCCCGCAAGCGGAAGAUAUACCGUUACUUGA